AUGGCCGAAGAACAACGUGUCCAGUUGCUUACGUCACGGAGAACGACAAUGUUGGAAUCUCUGGGUCGGGCGGAGGUUUUUCUGCAAAAUUUCGAUGCUCGACGAGAUGGAGAACAAGUACCGCUGAGGUUGGAGUAUUUCAACAAUAUGUGGACGUCGCUUGAAGAAGUACAGGCGGAGUUAGAAGAUGGAGCUACGACGGCAGAAGGUAGGGCAGAGCAUGCUACAGUUCGGGCGGAGUUUGAGCCGCGCUUGUUUAUAAUAAAAGCUGGUUUAAUUUCUAAAAUGCCUCCUCUUCCUACAAAUGCUAAUAUCCCUCAACCCCCGCAUGUUACUUCCACUAUCUCUGGCAUCAAAUUACCAACAAUUUCGCUUCCUGAGUUCGACGGGGACUAUAAGCAAUGGCUAACAUUUCAUGAUACGUUUUUGGCUUUGAUACACAACAAUGCGGAUGUUCCACCCGUUCAGAAAUUCCAUUACUUAAGAGCAGCUGUUAAAGGGGAAGCUGCUCAGUUGAUUGAGUCUAUAGCAAUUUGUUCCGCUAACUAUUCUCUGGCUUGGCAAACUCUCGAAGAGCGGUAUUCUAAUGAAUAUUUACUCAAGAAGCGACACCUGCAGGCACUUUUUGACAUCCCACGUAUGAAGAAAGAGACUGCAGCAACAUUUCAUGGGUUAGUGGACGAUUUUGAGCGGCACACUAAGAUUCUUCAGCAGCUAGGAGAACCAACGGACACCUGGAGUACCAUUCUCGAACACUUGUUAUGCACGCGUUUGCAUGACGAUUCUUUGAAGGCUUGGGAGGACUACGCUUCGACUGUCGAGAAUCCCAAUUUUACUUGUUUGAUUGACUUUCUUCAACGGAGAACUCGAGUUCUGGAAUCGAUUUCGGUCAAUCACCAUCAAUCUACCAGUACGUCCAACAGCGACGCUGCGUCUACUAAUCAUUUUCGAAGGCAGAGACAAUUUCGUUUGUCAUCUUGCGCUUCUACAACUAGCACUUCUUUCAAGUGUUCAGCGUGCAACCAGACACAUUCAUUGGCAAGAUGCAGUAAAUUCAAUAGCAUGUCUAUAAGCGACCGCCAGCAGUUUGUAAUUUCAAAACGAUUAUGUCGCAAUUGUCUUAGAGAGGAUCAUCUCGUUCGCCAAUGUCCAUGCGAACUCAACUGUGAAAAGUGUAAUCAUCGUCAUCACACUCUUCUACACACUGGUCAAUUCACCGGCUCCAAGAACAGCAACGAUACUGUCGAGUCUACAGGCAAGGGUAACGCAUCGCUUUCGAACGUUAUAUCUGAACAAUCCAUGGUGGCCGCCACUGAAAAUACUUCGACCGUUGAAGCGAGUGUUCCUAUUCAGCAUCCUCGUGAAAACGUAUUUCUGUUAACCGCCAUCAUCAACGUCGUCGAUUCCUUUAGGCAGCAUCACCCCGCACGAGCUUUACUUGACAGCGCAUCGCAACCAAAUCUAAUCACCGAUCGCUUGGCUCGUAUUCUACGUUUGAAGAAACAUCCUGUCAACGUCACCGUUCAAGGAGCUGGACAGAUGUCGAAGGUCAUACGCGAGUCCGUUUACGCGCAAGUCGCUUCAAGAAAAGAGCAGUUCUCGUGCGGAGUCGAUUUCCUAGUAAUGGAUAAGCUGACCGCCAAUCUUCCCUCACAGAAUGUAUCCACAGCUAAUUGGAGAAUGCCGAAGGAUCUAUUUCUCGCGGAUCCCACGUUCAAUAAAAGUCAACCAAUCGAUGUAGUACUUGGAGCAAAACACUUCCAUUCAUUUUUUCCAAAUGCAUCACGCAUACAACUACAUGGCAAUCUUCCAUUACUGGUUGAUAGCGUUUUCGGAUGGAUCGUUGCAGGUUCUGCGAACCCUACCCAAGAAACGUCGACAAAUCAUGUCAGUUUCGUUGCCGUAUCGAUGGUUUCCUUGGAAGAAAGUCUGGAACGAUUUUGGAAAAUGGAAGAGAUUACCACCAAGGAUAAUUAUUCCGUCGAAGAGAGAAUCUGUGAAACGAUUUACCAAUCGACGACCGAUAGGAAGCAUGAUGGCCGGUAUAUUGUCCGCCUCCCUCAAUCGAGUACAACGACAAAGGUACGUGUCGUGUUCGACGGUUCGGCGAAGAGUUCUACCGGUUUCUCAUUAAACGACGCCCUCUGUGUUGGUCCUGUCAUCCAGGAUGAUCUACUUACCAUUAUCCUACGAUUCCGUACCUAUCCGAUCGCUCUAGUUGGUGACAUAGCGAAAAUGUACCGUCAAGUUCUUGUACAUCCGGACGACAUUCCGUUACAGCGAAUCUUUUGGCGUUUUUCUUCGGAUACUCCCGUACAAUCAUUCGAUCUACUUACCGUCACUUACGGUUUGGCUCCGUCAUCGUUUUUAGCAAUUCGCACGCUACAGCAGCUGGCUGAAGACGAAGGCAGUUCAUAUCCACUCGGCAGCAAGGCCCUACGUAAAAACUUCUACGUUGACGACUCUAUUGGGGGAGAACAAUCCGUUGAUGGUGCAAUCCGGCUACGCACAGAACUAAGCAAGCUGCUAGAAAAAGGUGGAUUUAUUCUACGAAAAUGGACCUCAAACCGACUUGAAGUACUUAAAGGCCUAGAAACCGAUCAAAUUGGUACGCAGUCUACUCUGGAGUUCAGCCCACGUGAGACAGUAAAAGCACUGGGGAUUAUAUGGGAACCUGAAGGGGAUUUUCUACGAUUCAAUCCUCAAGUACAAAACGAUGCCAAAACGCUUACCAAACGAUUGAAAUUAUCAUCCAUAGCCAAGUUAUUUGACCCUUUUGGACUGAUUGCGCCUGUAGUAAUUCGAGCGAAAAUUCUCAUGCAGCAACUGUGGCUUCUAUCGAUAGGGUGGGAUGAUCCUGUUCCUGAAAAUAUACGCCUCAACUGGGAAAAUUUCAAACGCGACUUACCAAAAAUCUCCGCUUAUCGAAUAAACCGUUACGCAUUUCUCCCACGCUCUAUCAUACAGUUGCACACAUUCGCCGACGCGUCAGAAUUGGCUUAUGGCGCGUGCAUUUACGCUCGUUGUGAAGAUGAACACCGAAACAUUGGAAUUCAGCUUCUUGCUGCUAAAUCUCGAGUUGCUCCUUUAAAACGACUGACCAUCGCUCGCCUAGAACUGUGCGCUGCUGUCCUUGCUGCACAUCUCCACGCAAAGGUGAAACAAGCCAUCGACACAAACGUAUCCGCCUCAUUCUUCUGGUCAGAUUCAUCCAUCGUUCUCCAAUGGUUACAAUCACCGCCAAACACAUGGCAAACAUUCGUCGGAAACAGAGUUUCGGAAAUUCAACAAUUUACCCACGGUUGCUGUUGGAAACAUGUCCCAGGUAGCGAAAACCCAGCCGAUCUGGUGUCCCGUGGAAUGUCGGUCGAUGAAUUCCUGAGCAGCAAAUUAUGGACACAAGGACCCCCCUGGCUUUCUCAAACCACAUCUAACUGGCAUGUUUCGAUUCCGCCAACUGUACAUGAAAAUAUGCUAGAAGUUCGACAUGUCGUAGCAACCGUUCAAACAACACAAUCAAUCAACCCACUGUUCCUUCGAUGGUCGUCGUAA